UCGGGUCAGCCAAUCGGGUUGCGUCAGGUUUCCUGCUGGUGGAUGAGGUGAGCAUGAUUAUGUCUCGCAGACUAACCAAAGAAGAGCUGGAUGCACAGUUUGAGCAGUUCUUAAAAGAGUCUGUUUCAGAUGACUCUGUGGAUUUAGGUGCUCCUGACAAGCAGCCACACUCUGAAAGCAACCAGAAACCAACAGUGAGGCAAGAUGAGGCACUCAGUGGUGGAGGAUCAGCAGCAGCACGGUUGGAAUCUCAGAUUUCUUUACGGAAGUCUGAGUCUAUUCAAGAGGAGGAUGAGGAGGCAGAAGGUAUUCACUCAAAGGAGGAAGACCUCGUCCUGAGAGACAACAAAGACACAGAGGGCUCGGCGACGGUGUCAGCUGUGUACAUGAGCGCGGUGGGUUUAGACACUCUGGAGGAGGAAGAGGAGAAGGCCCGGUUCUUUGCCCAGCUGGAGGCAGGAGCUUCAUCUACUAUAGACUACUCCAAGCUGAACAGGGAGCUGGACUCAACACGUUCUACCCCUGCAAACAACUACAGGAAUGCAGAAGAAGCAGAAGAAGCAGUGGAGCGAGGUGGUGGUGAUGAUCACAGCCAGGCCAGAGGGACGAUCAGUCCAGCCUUCACCGGCUCCCCACACUACAGCGAGGAUUUUGAAGAUGACGAGGACGUGAAGGUUCCACUGGAGGAGACGUCGACGACGGCUUCAGCUCUUGCCAGAGUGUCUUUUCACGAUUCUCUGGAUGAGGCAGGCGAAGAGGAGAGAAAGAACAACACAGUGGAGUCUCUGAACAGAGGUCAGUCUUACGUGCAAAGUGGGGCCUCAGAGUUGGAGGCUCUGCAGGAGGCCUACAGGCAGGUCCAUGUUGUGGAGGAUUCAGAUGGCCGUGGUCAUCAUUCCUCAUCUUUGGAAGGGAGAUGGAGCAUCAACAGACCUCUGUCUCCUUCCUCUCAACAUGCCCAACAGUCUCUGCAGCCUGUUUCUACCAGUGACUCAGAGCUGCCCACUGCAGAAGAGCUGAUGAGGCUGCUCCGACCAGAGGCAGCUCAAAUUAGAGGCUUCACCCUCCAGCCUGUCAGUUUUGUGGGACCCAACCAAGAAAAGACGUCUGGGGGGCUGGAAAGGGCCUUCGUGGAUGAGUCACAGCCCCCUGCAGCUGCAGCAAUACAUGGGGCCGAGGAGUCGACAAGCCACCCAAUCAGUGCUGCUCACCCCCCCAACAAGGAUCUGAUUGGCAGCAUCAGAGCAGAAGUAGACAAGCUGAUGCAGGAUCAUACCAAAAGCUCUUCUCUCACAUCAUCUCACACUGGCACAACCAAGAAACACCCGGCCUCCCGUGGCUCCCUGACUUCUCCUUCCUGUACCUCUUCAAUGAGACGAGCCACUCCAGCUCCUGUCAGAGGCCAGCGACUGGGUGGGAGAGCGGCGGUGACUUCAAGGUCAUCAGGGAUAAGUAGAGGUUCUGCUGCACCAGCCAAACCCCGGUCUGCUGUUUCCUCACAGUGUCCACACAGAGCGAACCACGAAGAUUGCUGGGACAGCACAGAACCAGGAGUAACAGUGAGGAAUGAACUAGUGGCAUCUGUUCAGUCCUUGGUGGCUGUCCUCCAGCAGCAAGUAGAUGCUACCAAACACCAGGAUUCUGCACAGGAAGUCAGAGAAACCAGGCUGGAGCAACAUGUUCCACAGAUCAGUACGUACGGCAGCUCUGUGCUGGAGCAGCUGAGGACGCAGCUGGCACAGAAGGAGAGGGAGCUGCAGAUGAUGAAGGCAGGAGCAGAGGAGCUCAGCUCACUCAGACAGCAGAAUUACCUGCUGCAAAGCAAGCAGCUGAGAAGUGCAGAAGAAGCCAGUCAGAAGAAGAGGUGGGUGGAGGCUGCAGAUGUUGCUGCAGAUGAGAAGUUCCAGCAGAUUGAUAAAGAA